GCCCAUUCAGGAUCUCAGGCCUCACUUGCCCCUGGGCCCAGGAUAUGUGAGUUUACCCUCCCAGGGCUGACCUGCACUUAACAGGGCCAGGGCAACGGAGACAAGUCGACCUGUGGCACGGACCCGCCAGGCACUCUUGAAGAUGAAUCACAUGUCUCCCAGGCUGAGAGCCUUCCUCUCUGAACCCAUCGGAGAAAAGGAUGUUGCCUGGGUGGACGGGAUCAGCCAUGAGCUUGCAAUCAAUUUGGUCACCAAAGGUUUCAACAAGGCCUACAUCCUGUUGGGACAGUUCCUUCUGAUGCACAAGAAUGAAGCCGAGUUUCAGAAGUGGCUCAUUUGCUGUUGCGGCGCCACCGAGUAUGAGGCCCAGGAGAGUUCUAACUGUCUGAAGGAGUGGUGUUCCUGCUUCCUGUGAACACACGUCCCCUUGCUCCGAUGCCUGGAAGAGCUAUCUCCUUGGAUAACUGCUGCCUGCAUCCUAGAAUGAACCCCAGUGAAGCUGAUCUGAGCCCAACUUGCAGCGAGGACCUGAGGCCAGCCAGACUUCCAGCUUGAUGCAAAGCUGCCCAUCAGAACCCACCCUGGAUCAGCCAACCCUUAGCCAACUCAAGUGUGUGAGCGAAAAUAAAGGAUUGCUGUUCAAAGCCA